AUCCAAGAUGCGUUCCCUUGUGUGCCUCCUGCUCGUCGCCACCGCCGCCAGCGUUGCCCUCGGGGCCACAAAAGUGCCAUGGACAUCCUUGUAUGCGACGUGGAGCUUCGGCGGGCUGCUGUCGCGCCUCGCCAACCAGGCCUUCUUCGAGCUGCCGCUGACGGCCACGCAGGCGGCAAAGGAGGGCUGGGUGCAGGCGCGCGAGGAGGCCUACACCACCCUGUGGUGCCUGCCCAAUGACCCGCGCGUCUGCAUCCGCUACGACCAGCAGGGCAGCGUCGCCGGCCUGCAAUAUCUGGCGAAGGACAUGGCGAAGGCGCCGUUCGAGUGGCAGAAGCACCCGCUCGUCAUCGCAGACACCAUCUUCGACCAGGACGUGGGCGCCGGCCGCUACUACUUCGUGCCCCAAGAGGUGCUGCAGCAGGGCGGGCGCGCCAGCUUCGACGAGAUCGGCACGGGGCUGUGGCUGCAGAGCGGCGACGACUUCAUCGAGGUGCCCCAGCAGGAGAGCGAGCUGCCGGCGCUCGGCUGGACCAAGGAGAACUGCAUCCCCACCAUGGGUCGUCACUACUACCAGAACAUCACCUCGACCAUGGACUGUCAGAGCAUGGAGCCCUACUUCCUGACGGUUGACGUGCGCAACAACUGGCCCACCCUCCCCAACGCCCCGCAGUGCCUGGUGGACUGGGCGGCCGACUACGGAGUGCUGUCGCUGCACGUGUACUUCCGCAAGGCGCCCUACCUCAUCAUGUGCUAAACGGCGCUGCCUCAUCCGGCGCGAAGAAAAGCUCUUGACACGGAAUCGCCUUUCUUCUGAAGCGUCUUCGCCUUCUCAUUCCUUUUCCUCCUGCAUUGACCAAUUCUAGCAAUAAAUCUUACCACUACGAAUACAA